UUUUUAUUUACAAUUUUGCCACUCAAUAUGUAAAUGACUAGAAUGACCUUAAUCUUUUAUCCUUUAAAAUAUUUCUUUUGUUUUUUCGGAAUUGUGAUGGAAAACGGCGCCGUUUUUGGUCUGAAUACAUACCAUCUUAUGAGAGUUGACUGAAUUACCCUUGACUUAUGCCUUUUGGGGUUCGUCAAGUAAUUUCAUUUUGCCAGUCGGUGCUGCACCUGGACACGCUACACUCUUGCACAUUCUUUCUUUUGGGACCGUCCAAACGAGCGAAAAUUCUGCUGAGCCGUGCGAUCGUUGAUUUGAUCUCCGUGAAUUGAGCUGCAAUCCGCCGAAAGUCUUUCAUUCUAUGAAAGGCACGAAAUCCGUAGCAGCGUCGGCGAGGUGCAGACGACGGUCGACCAAAGAUAGUGCAAAGAGCAGGUGCGACGAUGACGGCCAAAUGGCAGCGAGACCUGGCGGGGAAGCAAGCCGGCGAUAGAGAGGGAGACCCGGCGGUGAGGCGAGCCGUCGACAGAGAGAGAGAGGGAGACCCGACGUCGUUUUCGGCGGCAGCGGCGGCGAAUAAUACGGGUCCAGAUCCACGACGGCAAUUCAGAACAGAGGCCAUUAUCCUCGCAGCCGGACGCCAGUGAGUUACUCGACGAUGGACGAUCAGCUAGCCGGCGAGCCCAUGAAUAGUGCUUCGAGAUCGGGGGAUGGCAUUUCAGUGACUAUUAGGUUUCGACCUUUAAAUGACUGGGAAUAUAAUAGAGGAGACAAGAUCGCCUGGUAUGUGGAUGAUAAAGUGUUUGGGCAUAUUACAAAUACUGAAGAUGCGUGUGAAGUAGUUGCCCGACCUAUGGUGAAGAUUGUGAUGGACGGAACUGUAUUUGCUUAUGGAGUUACCAGCAGUGGAAAGACACAUACUAUGCACUUUCUUAUCAGUAUCAGAUGCUCAAUGAAUGAUGGAAAUGGAAGAAGUGUAGAGAAAACCACUCUUUAUGAUCUUUAUGAGAAGGAAGGGCAGAGCCCAUGGUAUGAUAAUUUAUGCCGUCCGCUCACUGAUCUUAUUCCACUGAUCGAAAACGGAGUCAGAGGUGUAACUAGCAACCCAGUGAUUUUCCAGGAAGCAAUAUUGACUUCAAGUGCAUAUAAUGAUCAGAUUCUUAUUCUGUCGGUUGGUGGUAUGGAUUCUGAAGGCUCAUAUGUGUCGAAUACAAGCGAGUGGGAAGCUGCAGUUGUUAGGUGGAGAUGCAAGAAAUGUCGGCUACAAUCGCCUGUUGGUUUUGCCACUGAGGAACUGAAAUCAAUCCACAGGUACAAGGGCCACUACACCGAGGGAGCGGAGGUAAUCGAUGAUGUGCUCGACAUUCUCAUGAAGGAGCAGGAGAUUGCCUUCGAGGUUCAAACGUAUAGCAGAAACCAUGAGUUCUUGAGGUCGCUGCGGAUGUUUGUCGAGGCUUACGUGGUGACGAAGACGGCAACCGGCAAAUUGGCUCUGGAAUUUAGGGAGAAAAAUGGAUUGAAUGUGGUGGUUUUGUUGCCGUCGUGGACCGUCGGGCCCUUCAUAUGUUCACGCUUCCCCGAUUCGAUUCGAUUCAAUUCGAUUCGAUUUGAGUACUCUUCUCCUAUAUCUUUGUUGGAAUCGAGGAAGGUGCCGAGGUUCAGGGAGAGCUCCUUGGAGUCGCCGGCGACGACCCCCGCCUGA